GAGUUAAAGGGGAAAUGCCUAAUCAUGAAUAAUUCAGUAAAUACUGGUCUUGUGCUGGCCAAUCAUAUCGUGGUUAUGAUAAUCACCAGUUGCCGGCAGCCACAGUACCACUUGCUACGCUUGUCAACAGUGUUCCUUUCCCUGCCUGACGCCUGCGAGUGGCACAGCUGCUAUCUAUAGUUCAACUCUAUUUUCAGCGCACGCAGACAGGACGCAAUGGAAGUCGCACAAAUCUUUAUUUAUCAUCCAGCUCUGGGGAAAAAAUUACCAAUCUACACUCAAGUCACAUGCUGUUUAGUCACUUGAGAGGCAGUUUCCAGGAGAAUAAAGGUCUAGGAGGUCAUGGAUCUGCUCGAAGGCCCGAGAGUCCGCCGGGAUAUUCGUUCAGAGAAUGCAGCCCUUGAUCCAGAGCAAUGGGAGCACGGAGCGGGCCGGGUGAGAGUGAGGGUGGAGGAGAGCUGGUUCACUGUGGAUCGAGCCUUUCUGGGGAGGCACAGCGACUACUUCUGUGCUCUCUUUCAGUCGGGGAUGAAAGAGAGUUACCAGGAUGAACUCCACCUGAAGGCAGGUGUUCGUGCGCGGGGUUUUCUCACCGCGCUCGCCGUCUGCAGGGGGGAGAUUCCCACCAUCACCGACCCGGAUGAGCUUACAGAUGCGGUGGAGUGCGCCGCCUUCCUGCAGGUCGCGCGGCUGGUGCGUUAUCUCUGUGACAUCAUCGAUUCAGACAACUGCCUCUUGCUUUACCAAGCGGCCUCCAUCUUUGGGGUCCAGCUACUGUUUCAGAGUGCGGCUCUGUUCCUCUGCGACGCCUUCUAUGAUUUAAAGGAAGAGGCGGAGAAUACGAUUCCGGAUGAACUUCUUCAGUAUUCUCAGUCGCUGUCUCCUCGUAGCUAUAUUGCUCUCGGCACUCACACUCCGUCCAUGGAGCUGCUGCAAGACUCCUUCAGAUUUGUUAGCUAUCUUGAUGAAACAGAAGGAGAGUGGAAGCAUUUAACACACCUCCCAACUCUCUGUAGCACCUCCAGGGCAGGUGUGGCAGUGCUGGACAAUCGACUGUACAUUGUAGGAGGGGUUCACGGUUACAAUAAGAGCACAGUAGACAGCAGCUUUUGCUACGACCCCGACUCAGGGGCCUGGACUGUACUCCCUGGUCCCCUGCAGUCACGGCACAACUUCACCCUGCUCGGACACGAGGGCCGACUCUAUGCCGUUGGCGGCGAGUUUCAAAAUCGGAUUAUUUCCACGGCGGAGAGUUAUGACGUGUCGCGCGGCGAGUGGACAUUUAUACAUCACGCGCCAAGGCCUGUGACGCAUGCCGCUAGUGCAGUCGCACGGCGGAGGAUGUUCUUUUGCUUCUGGAAACCACCACAGACCACAGACAUCUACGAAUAUGAGCCGGGGAAAGACGAGUGGAGACUCACCACCACGUUGAUCAGACACCAGAGCUACGGCCACUGUAUGGUAGCCCACAGUGACAACUUGUACGUGAUGCGCAACGGGCCCUGCGACGACUUCCUGCGCUGCCUAAUGGACUGCUACAACAUCACCACAGGCCAGUGGACAGCCCUGAACGGACUCUACAUAAACAGCAAGGGGUCGCUGUUCACCGCUGCGAUCCGGGGGUGCUCUGCAUUCACUGUCAAGCACCAGCUCACUCUCGAGUACGCCGUCCGUGGAGAUGGAUGGAAGCCGCGCAGGCAGAUGAAGGGCUUUCCAAAGAGUGGCUCACUGUGGACGUGUUUACUCAGGCUUCCCAAGACGGGACCAGUCACACCACAGCUGGAUUCGGAAGGGAAGGAAGAAGAAAUGGCUUUGCCAGACACAUCUGAGGGAUUUGUGGAAGCCAUACCGCAACUGUGAAAUUACUGCACGACUGAAAAACAACGUGUUGUUUUUGAGGGUUCCGAGACUAUGAGUACACAAGUGUAAAAAAAGAAAAAGAAAAGUGGCGCACUGAUAGUGAGCGGUGCUGGAGGUUGUUCCUCAUUUCACUUUCUCAUGCAGCCACACAUGUGCACACACAUGCUCACAUGCUGACACUCGGCGUUUGUUCUGAUGAGCAACAGCUGCUACUGUAGUUUUUAUUAAGGGAGGCCACUGUGUGUGUGUGUGUGUGUGUAGUUCAAAGGCGCUGACGGGAUGUUCUAAACCUCUCAUUCCCCACCUUUUAUUUUUUUCCCCCCACUGAAGUCACACUGGGCCAGUUCAGGAGCCACUGGUCCACCAGUGGACAGAAAACACAGCCACUCUCCCACACUCCUGCACGCAUACUCGCUCAGGUUUGUUGCUCAAUGAGUGAUUAAAUACCUGUUUCUAUGGGAGAAUACAUUUCACUUGGCCUCAGGCCUGUGGCUAGUGGCCAGUGGGAAAUGUUUUUUUGUCUUCCAUGGCCACAGACUGCAUUUAUUUCAGUACAUUAAAAGCCAGUGGAAUUCUCUGGCAACAUGUGAUAUCAAUCCAUAAUACUUUAUUUUGAAUACUAUUGAGUGCUUAGUGCUGGUAAUGUUCUCACUGUAAUAAAAUACUGUAAAUCUCA